UUUAGCUUCUGUUGGUGGACGUGGAAUAAUUACGCGUGGGAAGAAUCAAAUUAAAACUUCGCCUCGAAGCGAGCCCAUCGAGGCGCCAAAAAGCACUUCGAUUAUCCUCCGCCUGUUCGCAAUAAUUUUCAUUGCUUUUGUUUAUCCAAGUGGGUUGCAGCGCCCGCGUCCACUAUUUUCUCAUUGCCGCUGCCAGUGACGUCAUUUCACCCCACUCCUACCGAGCACACGCACACCCAGAAUGACAGGGAAGGAAACAUAUGGAGUGAGUGCAUCAAAGUGUGCCGAGGAGGAUGUUGCGCUAAAGUCUUUGAUCGAUGCUUUUGGCUCUGCAUUUUCACUUCAGGAAAUAGCUUCUGCUUAUUUUGAGGCAGGCCAUAAGGCAGACUUGGCAGGUGAAAUCCUAUUUCAAAUGCAGGGAAGCACCUCUAGCUCUGCAUCAAAUGGUGAGGUUAGAAAUGGAGAUAAUUUGGCUAAGGGUAAGGUGUCUGAGAGGUCAUAUCAGGUCAAAGGGAACCUGAAAACUGCAAAGUUAAAGGUUCAGCCUUUUUCAACAGGCACAGUUUCCAACAUUAUCGGUAAAGAAUUUGCUUGUUCUAAGCCAUCGGCAAAUAAGUUUACCAAGGUAUAUAAACCGGUAAAGGUGGGAGUAAAGGUUUUGCAUGAAUCUUCAUGUGAAGGAGAUUGUACAAGUUUACCCAGUGACUUCCACCUGCAUCAUGAUAUGGAAGAUUUUCUCUUCAAAAUGCUUGGGGAUGGGUUCAGUCUGAAAAGGGAAGUAAUCCGAGAAGUUAUUGGCAGUUGUGGAUAUGAUAUGAAAAAGAGCAUGGAGAAUUUGCUUAAUCGGUCAACAACACCAGCGGAGGAAAGACUUGGUUCGGGUAAUAAGUCCACUGACAUGACUGCAGCUUCGUGUUCAAGAUCAGAUUUAAUUUCGUGUCAGAGAAAUAAGGCUGACAACCAUUAUACUGGAGGGAAUGGAAAUAUGGCCUCAAGCAAAAAAGUCUUGGAGUUGACUAACCUGGAGAAGACCAGAAGUGAUCUUCAAAAGGAGAUUUUGAUUGCAUUAUUUGAUGCUUCUGAGGAACCAGAAGAGGAGUCACCACGAAGAACAGUACCAAGGAGGAAGCAGUUUAAAGCAUAUGGACAAUUGGUGAGCGAACCGUUCGAAGAUAUGGAUGCGGAGCAUGAAAAGCUUGUGCAGUACAAGGAGCAAAUUGAUUUGGAUGUUGAGGUCGAGGAUGAAGAAAAUAGCUACCAGCUUCUUCGUAAAGCUGUUAGGGAGUACCGGCGGACAAUGAAGGAAUAUUAUGCAGCGGCCAUAGAUGCAUUUGCUAAAGGGGAUUCUGUUCGUGCAGUCAAACUCAUAGAUGAGGGGCACUUUUAUCAUAAAAAAGCUCAAGAAGCAGAUGAACAAUCAAACCAGUUAAUUUUUGAACCCAGAAAUGCAGAUACUGAAGAGGAUGAAAUAUUGCUUGAUUUGAAUGACCUUGGUGGCAGGGAGGCAGUUAGCGUUUUAAAGUCUCAAAUUUCUUCUCUCUCUGGAAUCCCUUCAAUCAAACAUCUUAAAGUAACCAUGGAGGCAGAUGAUAAAGAUACCUCAAAGCGGUCUUGUAGACGUUUGGUUAUGAAGCUAUUGGAGAAAGAGUCGAUCGAGUGGACCGAGGAAGAAAAUGGUGGUUCCAUUCUAAUUCGCUUGGAUACUAUUGAUCGAAAACGGUUAAGUUUCGUCAAAAGAAUGCAUUGAGAACAAAUGGGGAGAAAAAAAAAACCUCAAAACAAGAAAUCGUUUGAAGAUAAUAUAUAAUGCAUUACAGGAUUUGUAUUUUUUGAAUCUAAAUCCGGCCCCAAGUGUUUGUUUUGGUGUAUUGAGCUCGAGAUUUGAGGCCACAUCAUUGGGGAGAAACCUUGAAGAAAAUGAAAGUUUACAUUUUUUGAAAUUGCUUAAUGCAACGAGCUUUUGAAAACUGUAAAAUCGUGUGUAUCUUUGAGAUAGCUUUUAGGUUAUAGAAAUAUUUUUGAAAAACACACCAAGCAGGACCAAACUCUCCCUAUUAUGUAGUGCAUUUGUUACUUUUUCUUUUAAAUUAAAGAUGGUCAUGUGUUGAUGAAUUAGAAAAGAGUGUAAUUUGAACUC